AUCGCAUAGCAACCGCAGCGCGAAAACUUUCGAAAGUCGAACACAACCAUGAAACAGAUUUAAAAAUAUUGACACGAUGGCUAAAACCACUGAAGAAAGUCUACUUAACAACCCCGGAGGUGGUAGAAGAUUUUUCGGACCAUAUAUGUUUACAUUUGGGUUAACGGACCAGUUUGCCCUUGAUGGCCCUUUUAGAGGACGUCAGUGCACAUCGAUGGCCCUUGCUGCCAUUAUUGUUUGGGUACAGAAAGGAAAGCCGUGUUUAUUGACCCCGGAACAGCUGAAUACAAUCCUGGUAGAAGGAAACAGACUCCACUCCAGGUUACGGGUUGACCAGAAACUAAGCGCCGAAUGCGAUGGAAUGAUCGCAGUUUACGACAUUCCAUCUUCACGGUACCUUGAAGUCGGGGAGGUCUGUGGCGUGCCAACCAAGGUCAAACUGGCACAGGAGAGUUUUCCGGUCUUCACUACAAGGAGGCGGGACCUGGAUUUCCCAACUGUUGGGGAGUUUGUGGCAGCAUACAAUCCUAGGAUGUCCAUGGGAUUCUUAGUAACCAUUGACAGUUUCACCUACGCAAUUAUCCGUCGGGUCGAUAAUACUGUCCUGCUAUUCGAUUCCCAUGGGCAUCUCCAGGUCUUAGGCCACCUCCUUGGAAAGAGAGCGGGAAUUCUCCUGUGCCAAGAUAUCCACCAUAUGGAAUUGGUCCUGGUUGGCAUGUAUGGGGCAAUGGCCCCAUGCGACAUUGCCCCUGUCAACAUCAGCCUCCCUGACGGCGGUUUAAAGCAUAUCCAGGAACCCGCUGGAGUGGAGGAGCAAUCGCCAUAUAUUUCUGCAUUUUGGGGCCGGGAUGAUUAAGCAUGGCAGGUAAAGGCCUCUGCAGACCCAGGGUCACCCAGUGAAGAAACAAGAGGUGGCACAGGAUCACCUAAAGCUGUUUCCAAAGGUGGCACAUUGUCACCAAGAGCAAUCAUCAGGUCGCACAGGGUCAUUAAGUGCAGAGUCUCACGGGGCAGGCAUUUACCAAGGGCAGUCAUCAGAUGAAACACAGGGUGACACAGGAUCACCUACAGUAGAUAUCAGAGGUGGCACUGGAGAACAUGCCACAGUCAACAUAGGUAAAAGAGGGUUAUAAAUGCCAAACAUCAGGUGAUACAGAUCACCUGGGGCAAUUAUCAGAGGUGGCAGAUGUUCACUCAGGACAGGCAUCAGAGGUGGCACAUGGUCACCCGGCACAGGCCUUAGAGGUAGCAAAUGUUCAUCGGGACAGGCAUCAGAGUUUGAACAGGGUCACCUAGGUCAGCCAUCAGAGGAGGCACAGGAUCACUUACGUUUGCCACAACACAGGUGGCACGGACUCACUAAGGGCAGUCAACAGAAGUGUCAUGAAGCCAGUAAGGACACAUAGGACAGUCAUCAGCAUUGACACAGGGCCACCUAAGACAGUCAUCCAAGGUGGCACCAAUUUUCUUAGGACAAUCAUAAGAGGUGGCAAAAGGUCACCCAGGACACUGAGAACAGUCAUCAGAGGUGGCACAAAGUCACCAAGCAGAGUCGUCAUAGUUUUCACAGGGUCACGAAUGGGCAGUCAUCACACGUAACACAGGGUCACCGAGGACAGGCAUCAGAGAUGGCACAUAUUAUUUAAGGGCAAACAUCAAAGUUGGCCAGGGUCACUAUUGGUAGUCAUCAGUGGUGGCACAUGGUCACGAAGGGCAGUCAACAGUGGUGGCACAUGGUCACUAAGGGCAGUCAUCAGAGGUUGCGCAGGGUCACCUAUGACCGUCAUCGAAGGUGGCACAUGAACACUAUGGACAAUCAUUAUAGGUAGCACAGGAUCACAUAGAACUCAUCGUAGGUGGCACAGGGUCACCUAGCACAAUCAUCAGAGGUGACACAUGGUCACCAAGGGCAGACAUCAGUAGUGACACAGGGUCUCUUACACGAGUAAUCAGAGAUGACACUGGGUCACCUACAGAAGUUAGCAGAUGUGGAACAGAAUCACCUACGGCUGAACUGUAUCAGAAGCGGCACAGAUUCACGUAGGACAGCCAUCAGAGAUGGCACAGAUUCCACUAGGAUAGACAUCAGAGGUGGCACAGGCUCAUCUAGGACAGACAUCAGAGGUAGCACAAAAUCACGAAGUGCAGACAUUAGGGGUGGCACAGGGUCACCUAGGACAAUCCUCGGAGGUGGCACAACAUCACGUAGGACUGACAUAAGAGGCAGUACAGGGACACAAGAGCAGACAUCAGGGGCGUUACAAGGUCACUUACGAAAGUUAUCAGAAUUGGCACCGGGUCACCUACAGAAUAUUAGAAGCGGCACAGGCACGCAUAGGACAGAUAUCAGAGAUGGCACAGACUCGCCUAGUACAGAAAUCAGAGGUGGCUCAGGGUCACCUAUGACAGCCAUCAGAGAUGGCACAGACUCGCCUAAUACAGACAUCAGAGGUAGCACAGGGCCACCUCCGGCUGUUAUCAGACGUCCAUCAAGUUCACCGAAGGCAGUUAGCAAGUGUGACACAGGGCCACCUACAACAGUUUUCACAAGAUCACCUAGGGCAGUUGUCAAAGGUGGCAUAGUUUCACCUUUGACAGAAACCAGAGGUAGCACAGGAUCACUAAAGACAGUUAUCAGGGCACCCUUUUAAAGGCAAUCACCAGAGAUGGCACAAGGUGAUUAAGGGCAGUUAUCACAGAUGGCACUGGGUCACCUACGGCAGUUAUCAGGGGUGGCACAGGGUCACCUACGGAACCUACAGGGGUGACACAAAAUCAUAUGGGAGAGACAAACAAGAUGGCACAGUCACCUAGAGGUGACACAGUGUCACCUAACGACGCCAUCAGCUGGUACAGGGACAUCAAGGGCAAUCGUAAAGAGGUGAAACAUGGAUGCAAAAGUCAGGCGUCAUACGUGUCUCAGAAUCACCAAGGGCAGACAUCAAAGGUGAAACAGGGCGAUCGUAAAAGGUGGCACAGAGUCAAACAGGGCAGUCAUCAGAGGAAGGUAACACAGGAUUUUCACAUGAUUACUUGGUAUAAUUCACAUGCUUCUAACAAGAAAUUAUAGAAAAUACUCAGAUAUGAUCAUGCAGCGUAUUCAUUGGCAAAUGUUCUAAAGUUUCUGCAACAACAAAAUAUUUUGAAGAGCUCCAUUUGAUUCUGCGUUUGAGCAAAAAGGAUUUGUUUGAACAAAAACUUGAGACAACUUAGUGUUUGCUUCCAGAUACACACAGGUCCUAACACACUUGAAGGAGACGAGAACAUGACAUUUAUACACGGUUUGUGAACAUUGCUAAUACAGAUGAUAUAACUGUCGGGUAGAGGCAUUGACAUGUGUUAACGAACGCUUUUUGGAGAGAAAUUAAUCACUAUUUUUCAUGAUUUAAAAUAAAAUUAUUUGUAUUUU